AUGUUCAAAAUCGUCGCCAUCUCUGCUCUUUUCCUCGUUUUCGCCAUUGGUAAGCGUCGCUUUCUGGGAUGGCCGGACUUUGAUCGGAUAUUGUAGUAUUCUGAGACAUUUCAGGGGUCUUGAAAUUUUUGUACGUAAUCUUGACGUCUAGUACUACAAUUUUUCAGCGGACCACUUUUUUGUACGCCUACGCGUUGGGAUACUGUAGCUAUUGGAAGUUUAGCGUCACCCAAAAGUCUACGCCAACUUCCAAGAGCUACAGUAUCCCUAGCAAUGAUCGUAGCAAAACAUGAUCAAUUACAAAAAUGAUGUACCUGUCUAGUACUAUAAUUUUGUAGUUUACACAAUUUUUCUGCCAUCACUUUAAGAAGCUACUGUAGCUGUUUGAAGUGCGGACAGCUAAAAGCUUCUAAAUUUCAGCCCCAACUUCAAGGGACCACAGUACCCCAGGUUGUGGUCGUACAAAAAAAGUGUCAACUACAAAGAUGUAGUACUAGAUGUCAAGAUUAUGCACACAAAUUUCUAGACUCACAGUACUUCGUCGAAGUCUACAAUAUCACAUUUUCUCAGAGGCCGCCGAUUUGUCGUGCAAAACCGAAACGUCGGUGGCGGUUGGCGGUAAGUGCGCCGACGGACAGUCUUUGCUCGGAGAGAAUUGUUGUGCCACCGAGGACGUGUUUGGUGAGUCUACAAUAGUCAAAAAUUUCCAAAAUCCGUACUUUACACACAUUUUCUAGACGUCGACGCGUACGCAUGCCACUCCGAGCCGCUUCCGUCGAUCGGAUCGUUCUGUCCGUACGGAUUCACCCUUGUUUCCGGUCAGGGAUGUUGUGCCAACUCUGACGCGUACGCGAAACAGGAGUAG